AUGAAUGGUGGCACAAGCACUACUGAGAGUAGGGCGGGGGUGGGGGUGAGGGUGAAGGGUGGAGGUGAGGAUGGAGAUGAGGAUGGAAGCGAGGGUGAGGAUGAGGGUGAGGAUGAGGGUGAGGAUGAGGGUGAGGAUGAGGGUGAGGAUGAGGGUGAGGAUGAGGGUGAGGAUGAGGGUGAGGAUGAGGGUGAGGAUGAGGGUGAGGAUGAGGGUGAGGAUGAGGGUGAGGAUGAGGGUGAGGAUGAGGGUGAGGAUGAGGGUGAGGAUGAGGGUGAGGAUGAGGGUGAGGAUGAGGGUGAAUGUCAAGGUGAGGAUGAGGGGUGA